GGAUGUACUGUGUGGAGUGGAACACACGGAAUGCCAGUCCUGCCAGGAAGUCCCGGGAUGACAGAAGUCCUGCCACUGGGCGCAGUGUGAAUCCUGUACAGUCUGCAAGAAAUGAUCAUGCUGCUCAAUGCCCAGUGAUAUCGGCAUGAUGGUCAUGAGGCCCGGGUCAUUGUCCAAGAGCCCGGAGUCUAUUGGCUUAAACAGUUCAUCCGAAACGACCAACUUCAACAGAGGGAAUUCUAGAUCACGCGGCUCCAGUCCGGCCGAGAAAGGAUACAAAAAGACGUCCCUGGUUAGGAAUGGGGCAGGCGCCAGGCGAACACGGGGGAGCAGCCCCGGCGAGAAGUUCACAGGGACCACAACGCUUCCACAGUCCAGGGACAGUGAGAACGAAGUCGCGGAGCGUCUGGAUGCAGGCAGCCAACCACCAGUAAGAAACCACGUGCUCUCACCCGAAGACAAUAUAAACGUGGUUGUUAGAGUUCGGCCACUGAACACUAAGGAGACAAAAAUUGGCGACGAAUCUGUCAUCCAGUAUCCAGGAAAUGGACAAAUAUUACUUGGUCCUGUAGGAGCAGGUCAUCCCAAGCCCAGAGUGUUUUCCUACAAUGUGGUGUUCGAACCCGGAGCCUCGCAAGAAGACGUACUUCAUUUUUCUGGAAUCAAACGGCUUAUCGAGAUGGCCGUGGAAGGUUUUAGCACCACAGCUUUCUGCUACGGCCAGACCGGGAGCGGAAAGACACACACUCUCACUGGACCCCCUGGACUGUUCGAGAAGAAUCCAGACCCGUACUCGGACGACCACGGCCUCGUUUUCCGCUCCUUCAUGUACCUGUUUGAACUGCUGAAACAACGGAGUGACUUUCACUUCAUACUGAAGGCUUCCUUCCUAGAAAUAUAUAAUGAGAAGGUGAUCGACCUUCUGAAUAUCGGCACAGCAAGGAAACCGCUGGCUGUCCGAUGGUCAAAGAAGUCGAGAGGCUUCUUCGUAGAGAACCUGUUCACUGUGGACUGCGAGGAGCUGGACGACCUUCUGGCUGUCCUCGAAGAGGGAAUGAGAAACAGAUCCGUGGGACGACACAACAUGAACGACUACUCCAGUCGGAGCCACACAAUUCUCACCGUACACAUCACAUCUGAACAGCAGAUGGGAGAGGACGGAGUGUUCAUUUCCAAGCAAGGGAAGAUCAACUUCGUCGACCUGGCGGGCAGCGAGAUGACCAAGAAGACACAAAGCGAAGGGAAGACUCUGGAGGAGGCCAACAACAUCAACAAGUCCUUGAUGGUGCUUGGGUACUGCAUUGCUUCGCUCAGCGACUCCCGGAAGAAAGGAGGACACAUCCCGUACCGGGAUAGCAAGCUGACGAAACUCCUGGCAGACAGCCUGGCUGGCAACGGCGUGACCCUCAUGAUCGCGUGCAUUUCCCCAGCACGGUCGAAUGUUAGCGAGACGAUAAAUACACUGCGAUACGCGGCCAGGGCGAAGAAGAUAAGGACGAAGCCAAUCGUCGUGAUGGAUCCGCGGGAAGCUCUCAUCCUGAGUUUGAAGCGAGAAGUGAACGCGCUACAGAACGAGAACGACCACCUGCGGGCAGCCAUCAACUUCGCACAGGAGAAGCCACCAGGAACUGCCAGCUCGGACCCGGAAGCCAGCAACUUCAUGCAGGGUCGCCUCGUCCUGAAGACGCCUCCCACUGUCCAGCUGGAAAAGUUGGCUGAGAUGGAAGGCCAGGAGCUGGCGGAGUUGGUGAGGCACUACGUGACGGAGAACGAAGCACUCCGGAGGGAGAACGCAGAGCUGUUCACGACGAGGGAAAUCGUCUUCCGGGACCAGGAGCUUGUUUGUCGAGAGAACGAGCGCCUGCUCAAGAAACUGGAAGACGUAAACUCUGUGUGUUGUCGUUCACCCAUCAUACCAGCUAGACCAACCUAUUCUGCUGAAAUGAUGAACAUGUCAGCGAACGGAGAGCUAGAGUCCACAAAUAUCUGGGUGAACCCUCUAAAUGGAAGCCUUACUAGCACUCUAGGUGGAUCGACCAAUAGCAUACUGCCUGGACCACGUUUCAAACAAGAUAUAAUGGAAGGAAGGAAAUCGGCAAAGCCGCCUCAUCGACUUCCAGAUUCCAUACAGAAGGAGCUAGAUAAAAGAAGCAUUGGAAACAGCAUGAUGAACAUUGCCGAGUCUUACCGUGAAAAGAGCCACAGACGACACAAUUCAUGGGACAAUGGCAAGGUAACACGUGGGUCUACAGGAUCUGCAGACAGCAACUCUUCUGUUCACAGGAACAAACUCAAGGAACUUUCUGAGUCCUACAGGUGAAGAGUAGGUCCAGUCCAGGGGAUCAGUGGUAGAACAAGUGUGAUAAUAAGGAGGUUUAAGAAUAUGACAUUUUUAAGAUAAGAUUCAUAUACUGUUCCCCAGUUAUUAUUCUCCUUUAUAGUUUAUGAGAAUAUGAAUAGUUUAUGUGUAGAUAUAAUUAAGGUUUGUUACAAGUGUUUGUUAUAAUAAUAAUAAUAAUAAUAAUAAUUCUAAUUUAAAAUUACUUAACAGUUCCACAUUGUUGGUGGAGAUGACAAAAUUUGAUGUGAGUCUAUAAAAUUUAGAAGUUCAUAAUAUUCUUAUGCAGAUUAUAUAUAGAUAUGGUUUGUUGAAUUUUCAUGGUAGGUCUCCAGCAUUGUGUUACUAUUCAUUUAAAAUUAAUAUUUUUUUUAUAGUUUCUCAAAAUUUGAAAAAUUCUUCACAUUUAUUGCUCUUAUCAUUUUUCAUUAUUGUUCUUAUGUUGUUAUUAAUUCUCUGAAUAAGUCCUAACAUUUCUUUCAUUAUCUUUCUCCCUCCCUGCCCUUGUAAGUAUGGAUUCACAGAUUUGAGAAGUCUUUGAACAAAAAAUAUUUUGCUGUGAGAGGAACUAAAUUUGUGACUUUUCUACCCAGGUCAGAGAUGCAGAAUUAUCCACUUGAAAGUAUACUAUUAUACAUUCCUGAGAGCCUUUUACUUCCACAUAUCCAAUUCACAUGUAAAAUUGUUUUGGAGGACGGCCUUACUUCCAUCCUCAGGCAGAAGGAAAGCAUACUCAGUCUGUUGAGUACUUACAAGUCAGAUAUGGGAUAAGUGUGAAGUCUGUAAAUGACAAAGGUAAAGAGAAGUUGUCCAUGGUACUUAACUAAGCACCAUACCAUACAGACAUAUGGGGAAGUGGAGUAUAGCUUUGCACAUUCUUAACCUUGACACUGGAUGAAGUUGAGUGGUUAUCUUCAUGCCAUAGUAACUUUACUCUCAAAGGAAUUAUCCCUAGGAACCAUAGGUUAGGCAGUUGGGCGGGUUGUAGAGCCAAUCUGGUGGUUGUGGCAAAGAAACCAAACUCUGAGCAGUGUCCAGAGAGAGACUCCAGUGAUGAUACUGGAUCAUUGUCACAAACAUUUAAGACCACAUUAGAUAUACACAAUAACAUUACAUAAAAUAAUGGAAUUAUGAAAUUGUGAAAUGAUGACAAUUAAUACAGAACACAGAGAAAAUACUUUCUCGGGGAUGUAAAAUAAUUUCUGUAUAAAUUAAAUAUAUCUUAUGAGUUAUUAAAAUUUCUCUCUGAGGUCAUAAUUUAGCUUACCUGCAUGAUGAAAAUUAUUUUGCAGACCUACCAUGAGAAACAGAGGAACAUAUUUUUGUUUAGAUAAGUUCAUAGCAAUAUGCACUGCAUCACAACACAGAAUGAAAUGAAUGGGGUUCAUUUAAGUCAGGUGAUUUGUGUGUGAUUUAAAUUUGGAAUAAAACUGAUAUUCUUUAAACAAUUUUGUUACCAAUUUAUGCAUUACUAGUAAUAUUAGAAUUUUUAUAAUUUUGUGUAUAGUUACAAAUUGAAAAUAAAUAGUUUAAAAUAGAUACUAAAUACAUUGUUUGUUUGGUUAUGGGGUUUAGAGUCACUGAACUGGGUUGAUACUCUGCAUUUUUCAACACAAAUGAAUAUCAUAACUAAAGAACUGAACUUUAAUUUAACUUAUAUUUUGAAAGUGGUGGUUUUGUCACACAAUAUGUAAUAGUUACACAGACGUGACAUUGUUGCCAGAACAUUCUCUUAGUUCAACGUAUGCAUAAGCCAUACAUAAGCCAUAAAGUAGGACUACUUUAAAAGAUGCAGCAUGCUUGCCUGUUAUGUGGUGAUAAGGGCAUAAAUUGAGGGUGUUUCAGAGCAAAGUGUUGAAUAAGAUGUUAGUGAAAUUAAAUAAAGAAUUGUAGCAUGGGUGGGAUGUGUAGAAUACACAGGAAAAUAAUAAAUGUAUACAAAAUUUGGGUCUGGAAACCUCAAGGAAAGAGAUCAGUUGCCAGACCUAGGCACAGAUGGGAAGGUAGUAUUUAAAUAAAUCUUAGGAAAAUGUCUUAUGAAAUGUGGACUCAAGUAAGCUGGAACUGGCUUCAAAUCAUGUCUAGUGAUGGAUGGUAUUAGUAUUUGUAGUAUUGACCAUGGUUUCUAUUACUGUUGAAUUUCUUGAUUUAGUUUGUUUAUUUUACUUACAAAUGUUUGAAAACAAGGUACUCAGGAAUGUAUUUGGACCUAGGAGGGAUUAAAUAAGUGGGGAAUUUAGAAUACUGCAUAAUGAGGUACUGUGUGAAUUGUGCAGGUCACCUAGCAUAGUGAGGAUAGUGAAAUCUAGAAGGCUAAGAUGGGUUGGACAGGUAGCAUGCAUGGUGGGGGGGAGAACAGUUGCAUUCAGAAUUUUGGUAGCGAAUCCUUCUUGGUAGACCAUGAAGGAGAUGGGAGGAUAACAUCAGGAUGGAUCUUAGGUAGGUGGCUGAGAGGAUGUGAAAUGGAUGGAAUUGGCUCAGGAUCAUGGCUGGUGGCGGGCUUUGAUGUUGUCGGUGUUGGACCUACGGGUUCUGCUACCAGGGAGUUAGUUAGUUAUUUUACUUCACUAUUAAAUGUGUGUGUAAAUUUGUGUGGCAGGUUGUCAUAGUAAUGAAUUUUUGAGGAUGAAACAUGUAGCUAGCUACCUUUAAUAAUUCUGGAAAUAAUUAUAAAAUCAUUAAUGUAUAUUAGCUCAUGCUUUGUGUUAUGUGUUGUUUCUGCUCUGUGAGUGUUUAUAAUACUUUGGUAGGUAAAAUGUAGUUGGUAUUAAUCAUGAAAUGGAAAUUACUUUUUAAGGAUUUGGAAGAUUUUUACGAAAACAAUCACUUAAAAAGCCAGUUCAGUAAAAUCAUGUCAACUUUCUGUAA